AUGGACCAGAAGGGGAGAAUUCCACGAGCCUGCCGGAGUAGCCCCUCUGCAGCUUUAGACUGGCCGCCAGUCCGCUGUGGUGCCACCUUUGUCGGGGGGCUCACAGAUCCGCCCCCGGCUCUUGGCGGGGCCACCGGGGAUCGCCGGGCACCCACGGGCGCCGCCACCGCCGCCGCACCCCGCGCUCUCCGGCUCCUCGGCGCCGCGCUGCUGCUCCUGCUGCUGGUCCCCGCCGGCCGCCGCGCCGCAGGGGCGCCCGUGGCCGCCGAGCUGCGCUGCCAGUGCUUGCAGACCUUGCAGGGAAUUCACCUCAAGAACAUCCAGAACGUCAAGGUGACGCCCUCGGGACCCCACUGCGCCCAAACCGAAGUCAUAGCCACUCUCAAGAAUGGGCAGGAGGUUUGUCUCAACCCCGAAGCCCCCAUGGUCAAGAAAAUCAUCAAUAAGAUGCUAAACAAGUGA